AUCCGUGCCCCCACCCGCGUCCCAUCUGCGCCCCCCCCUGCCCCGGCUGCCCGUGCGCGCCCGCCGAGAGACCCUCGGGCCCCUCGCCGCUCCUGGGCGGCUCCCGGCGGGGGCCUCUCGGGCGGACCUGCGGCGGCCUCCGUUGCCGUUUUGGCCCGAGUUUGGCCCAGGUUUGGCGCGAGCUCUGUUUUUGUUGCCCCUCCCACUUCGCCGGGACCGAUCAUCUUGUCACCACCCGCUCCAGACUCGCGCCGCGUCGGGCCCGAUGCCGGCCCUGUCCCCGUCGGGCCUUCUUGUCAUCUCGUACGUGCUCAGGCCAGUUUUCGGUGCGCCCGUGUUGGACACUUUCGUUGAUUCACCCCAGUAUUCCCUCGUCGUCGACGCAGGCUCCUCGGGCAGCCGUCUGCGGAUGUACAACAAGACGGAAGAUGGCGUGGAAGAGAUCAAACCACACGAGGAGGACGAGGACAGCUUUGAGACGGAGCCUGGUCUGUCAUCUUACGCAGGAAAUCCCGAUGACGCGGGGCCUUCUUUGACUGCUUUGCUCCAAGCGGCAGCGAAAUACGUCCCUGAAUCUUACCGGUCCACAACGCCUCUGUGGAUCAAAGCGACGGCCGGCAUGCGCCUUGUUCCAGAGGAGCAGUUGGGGGGAAUGUUUACGUCGUUGGACCAGUACCUCUCUGAAACAGUUUCGGUGAAUCCUUUCAAAUACAUGGGAUCCGAGGUACUGGGUGGUGAAGAAGAGGCAGUCUUUGCGUGGAUCAGUAUGAAUUUCAUUCUUGGGACUAUCUUCCAGGGGUACACUAAGACCUCCGGAAUCUUAGAUAUGGGCGGGGCGUCGAUGCAGGUGGCCUUCAACCCUGGUAAGGACAUCAUGUCUAACGAGUUCUCCUUCUACGUGAACGAGAAGCGGAUGUCCGUGUAUGCGAAGAGCUUCAUCAAAUUCGGCCUCGCGACGGCUGUGCAGCGUGCCAUGGUGGCGGCGGCAAAGCAAGCGGGCGCUGGCAAGACCGAGGUGGUGUAUCCUUGCUACAACAAGGGGUACAACGAAUCGGCGGAGAUCGACGGGAAACAAGUAUCAUUCGUUGGGUCCGGCGACCCUACUGCUUGCGAUGCCAUUGUCCAAGGGCUCCUCCAUUUGGAGUAUGAGUGUUUGCUUGAACCGUGCGCGCUCAUGGGCGUGCACAUGCCAAAGGUCAUCAAGUCGAAGACAUACUACGCCAUCGCGAACUUUUUCUACAUCGCCAAUGGCUUGGACCUGAUCGGCUGGAGCGAAUCGAAGAGUCUGAGUCCCUCGGCUAUUCUGGAGAAGGCCAAGAGCUUCUGCCAGAUGCCGCUCGCAGACGCGGAGGCGGCUUCCGCGGCGCCGUGGAAAUACAAGAAGAAUCAUUGUUUCGGGGGCCUCUACAUGUUCCACAUCCUCACGGCGUACGGCUUCGCGGACGACGCCGACAACAUCACGGGGAACUCGACGGCAAGACCGCCGACUGGAGCAUGGGUGCUGCCCUCUUCGAGACGCAGUACAUGCCCGUCCACCUCAUGACGCGGCAGGUCGGGCCCGGCGGCAACAAGGACUGCGCGGCGCCCGAGGCCGAGGAGCGUGCCGCCGCGGGUGCCGUGGCCCUGGCCUGGGCGCUCCUGGUCGCCCCCGCGCUCGCGCUGCUCGUGCUGCUCGCGGCGUUCGCGCGGCGCCGCCGCUCGCAGGGCGCCCGCGGUCACGACGCCGGGCCGCUGAUGGAGGAGGGCGUCCGGGCGGACGCCGCCGAGUGAGGCUCAGGGGGGCAGUGCGCGGCGCCGAGGUCCGAGGUAUUGCCUCACCCCUCGACAGGAAUGAGGACGUCGACGUCCCGGUGCUAUUUUAGCCUUCCUGGAAGGUCAUGGUAGCGGCCCCCUCGAGGCAUCGAGGUGUUCGGUGCUAGUAGUAGUAGUAGUAGUAGUAGUAGUAGUUGAACCUUAUGUCAGGCUGAGGCUCAGGCUUAGGCUGAGGGUUCGGUUAGGCUGAGGCUUAGAAUCCAGGGGCAGCGAGGAAUUUCGCUAAGUUUUGCGUGCGCGCCAUUGGAUUACUUACCAGGCGAGUGUGCGCCUAGCGAUGCGUCUCUACCAGUAUAUUGGCGGCAUACGCCCGUUGGUUUUGGGAGUGUUGGUGGAGCUGUCACAUGCUUUUCACUUCUCUUCGACAGACUUCUCAACAGUCGAAUGUGAUGAGCUUGUGAACUUUUCUCGAGAAGGCUUUUCGCGACAACCGCGACGCCGACUCGUGUUGCUGACCGUGCCAAAGAUGCCUUCGCAGUGGCUUAUGCCUUCGCAGUUGCUUGCUGUUCGACGCUGCAGCCAAGUCGCACCACGUCCUUCUCUCUUCAUCCUCCUGCGCAUCAUCGUCCCGUCAUUACUCACUUCUGGCACCUCUGGCGCAC